UCUCUCUCUCUCUCUCUCUCUCACUCACUUUAAAGCACAAGACAGAGAAAGUUCGCAGCCACUGACUUCCAAUGAAUGAAGUGCGCUGACAGGAAAAUACAAAAAAACUAAACAAAAAAAAAAAAAAAAAAAAAAAAAAACCUACUGAAGCAUCAGACUUGUAGAAAGGAGAGGUGCUAUUAAACUUUUAUUCCAUGGAUUGUUGUGUUCCCGUAAAGCAUGUGCAGAAUUCAUAUUACUGUCUGGACCCUCUGUCUCAUAACAUCAAGCUUUCAGAAUGAAUCGGGGCAGGAUUAUUACGACUACUACCAAGACGCUGACGAAAUACAGAGCCACCUGGAGCCCUACAUCUUGAGGGUCAGAGAGCUGGUGGAUCUCCUCUACCCUGAACACCAUCUCAUAGAGCAGUGCCUGCGCAGGAAGGCAGACAGGAUGCCCAGCGAAGCUGUUGAGUGGAACUACCCAUGGGGCAACAUGAAGGAAGCAGCAAUAUUUGCUAGGGGCUUGACUCCAGAGGCCAUAAAAAACAUCAUGUUGGAAUAUGAGAAGACCCGAUGCACCCCAAGGGAGGUCUGCCUUGAUAUCUCCAGGGAGUUCCCUCAAAUCACCAAUAAGUUUUACAAGCCAUCAUGUGUCCUGGUACAUCGCUGUGGAGGGUGCUGUGACAAUGAGGCCCUGCACUGCACCAACACAAGUUACAGCUUCAUUAGCAAAACCGUGCUGGAGCACACAAAUUUCCAGCCAGGGCAGGUCAUUGACAUCAGUUUCGUCAAUCACACUGAGUGCAGCUGCAGACUACGAAGUGAAACCAGUCAUCCCUCCCGCUCCAUAAUUAGAAGAAGUGCUGAGGACAGUUCUGUCCAGUGCAGUGAGAUGGAUGCUUCCUGCCCCGACGGUCAGCUUUGGGAUGCCAGUGUCUGUAAGUGUGUGUCAGAUGGUGAACCUGCCUUGCCAGCUAUGAAAACAGGUAUCACAAACACACUCGGGUAUAACUUCUGUGGGCACAAUAUGGUAUUUGAUGAAAAGAACUGCGAGUGUGUAUGUGAAAAUGGAGUGACACAAGCCAUGUGCGAAGCCCGGCAACGACACUUUGACGAGUCUUCGUGCAAGUGUGUGUGCCUGGAGACUCCAGGACCCGAAGGCUGCCCAGCAGGUCAGAGGUGGGAUGAGGAAAAUUGCAAGUGUGUCUGCAGGAGCAGCUGUCCAAAGGGUUGGAAACCCAAUGCAGAGACGUGUCAGUGCGAGUGUCAAGAAAACACUGACAGCUGUAGGUUACAAGGGAAGAAAUUCAACCACAAAAACUGCAGUUGUUACAGAUUGCCCUGCCGAACUCCAAAUAAAAAAUGCAAGCCUGGGGAUUAUUUUAGCCACUAUGUCUGUCAGUGCCUACCAGAAUACAUGAAGGUAUACGAAGAAAACUGAAUGGAUUGUGGGCUUUCAUCGACAAGCUAAGUAAUCGUGAAAAUUCUGAAACGAGAGCAAAUACAUGCCACUCAAGGACACUUGAAGAAUGAUGGCAGCAAACAUUCAGACAGAAGGUUAUUUAUUCCAUAGCUGAUGACAUUUGAAACAAAGCUCCUAAUUAUGAUAACAAUGUCUAGAUUUGUGUUGGAAAUGAAGAGGGUGUGCCUGUUAACUGCAAGACUCCUAUAAUAUUACAGAGAGCAGUAACUCUUUCAUAGCAAAGUUACACUGGACUCAAGAAGAAUAGGACUUGCAUUUAUUGAGUUAUGAAACAUAUGCCAUCUGAUCACUGGAUUUUACUGUAUUUAUUUACGAGACCUCAUCUUCAGCUAACACAAAGAACCAAAGACAAAUGAUUACCUUAUGUAGAGAACUGACAGCAGCGAUUCCAAUAAGCACUGUAUGGAUAACCGCACAUGGGAUGCUGUCCAUCUUUGUGACCAAUAAAACAAUACUGGCUCAUUUCUGAAAUGUUUGAAACAUGAUGGAUAACCUGGCAAAGGAUAUUUGGAAAAGUGAAGAACAAAAUUAACGUGGAUGCCGUUAUACAUCAGGUUAGAACACAAGUACCAAAACAACAUGACAGCCUGCAUUAGUUCAAUCAAGAUGACAGUCAAGUUCAAAUACACUCAUGGAGUUGCAAAACUCAAAUAACAAAUGCAACUCAGGUCAAAUUUCAAUGUGUCCUCUCAGAAAUAUGCAAAGUGCCUUGACUGGGAGCACGACAGAAUAAAAUGUGCUUUACAGUCGACAUCAGUGUGUUUUAUUAUUGUAAAUGUAAUAUAUAAGAUUAUGUGUAAAAUUAUAAUAAAAUGAGCAAUUAAACUCACCAGCAAGAUUAAA